GGUUCCAUCUGAGCGACCCCUCACCCUACCAUGCAGGGUCAGAGGAUGUCAUUGUCCUGCCUACCAGUAUGUUCCCCGGAUUGGGCCAAACCCUGUCCACUGCAGGUGUAAACACUUGCCUCAGGAUCACAGUGAAGCCACUGGCCACUUGUGCAAAAAGUAGCCCCUUCACCUGUUUGUGUGGCCAGGCCAGCUCUGCCCACCAGACCCUGGUUGAGACAAAACUAGAGAGGGAGGCACGUGGCCAGCCCAUAGGCAGGGAUGUCCCUUAUGCUGCCAUGGGGGGGCUGAUAGGGUUCAGCUCCUUGUUGGAUGGUUAUCUUGCUUUGGAACCCAGUGGCUCAGAGCAAGACAGAGAAGACGGCUGCCAGCAGAGAUGCUCAGCAUCUUGGAUCAAAGAAAUGUCUCCUAAAAAUCCAUCUGUAUUCACUGUUAGAGAGAGACCAACAAACAGUGAAAUGCAAUGUCCUUCUCAGAGUUCAUCUGUCAAACCCAACCAUUAAAUAUUACAUUCCUCAAAUACAUCA